AUGAAAGCCUCGCCGCUCAUCAUCAAUUGGCACGACCAGAAUGCCCCAAUCUACUCUGCCCACUUCGAGCCAAACGGCAAGGGCCGCCUAGCCACGGCUGGUGGUGACAAUCAUGUUAGAGUGUGGAAGGUCGAAGCCGAUGGGCCCGAACGCAAGGUCGAAUAUCUGUCGACGCUCUCCAAGCACAACCAAGCUGUCAACGUCGUACGAUGGGCUCCCAAAGGAGAGACACUCGCCUCGGCCGGCGAUGACGGCAAUGUCAUCCUAUGGGUUCCCAGCGAGAUCCCGACUACCACCUUUGGAUCCGAAGGCCUAGAUGAUAAGGAAUCAUGGAGAGCAAAGCACAUGUGUCGCUCUAGCGGGGCGGAGAUAUACGAUCUGGCAUGGUCACCAGACGCUGUCUACUUUAUUAUCGGUAGUAUGGAUAAUAUUGCCAGGAUUUACAACGCAAGCUCAGGAACCCUCGUAAGGCAAAUCGCCGAGCAUAGUCACUACGUGCAGGGCGUUACUUGGGACCCGUUGAACGAGUACAUCGCAACUCAGUCGUCAGAUCGAUCCGUCCACAUCUACUCACUCAGAACCAAAGACGGGCAAUACACCUUGAGCCAAGACGAUAAACUGCCACGGCUGGCAAGCCACAUCAAGGCCGAUCUCCCCCCUCGGCGAAUCUCUUCGAGCAGUCCCGCACCACCCGAGUUCGGUCAUCGAGCACAAUUAACUGUGGACUCUUCUACAUCUGUGGGAUCACCGGCUCCCUCAGCACCAAGCACGCCAACUUCAGCGCCUCUCCCCAUGAACCCGCCGAGCGUAAUCAGUCACAGCCGUCGAUCCUCGUUCUCCUCUCGUCGCUCAGUUUCGCCGGCACCUUCGCUGCCCCUCCCUGCUGUCAUGCCAAUGGAGACAUCGCCGAAGCCUCAUCAUACCCUCAACUCCAACUGGGCCCUAGGAGUGAAGAACGCAAGUCUUUAUGCGAAUGAGACUCUUACAUCAUUCUUCCGACGACUUACGUUUACCCCUGACGGAAGCCUUCUGCUCACGCCAUCUGGGCAAUACCAGAACCAGCAUCAGGCGGACAAGGACGCAAAGCCAACUUACGAAGUCAUCAACACCGUGUACAUUUACACUCGAGGUGGCAUUAACAAGCCUCCGAUAGCCCAUUUACCCGGCCAUAAAAAGCCGUCUGUUGUUGUCAAGUGCUCUCCGAUUUUCUACACGCUCCGCCAAUCUCCGCCAGUGACUAAACAUGUCACGAUUGAUACCUCUUCCGCUGAAGAUACCAUCCCCUCCCUCCCAGAACCAGUUUCCAAGCCAGCAGCCGCCGCAUCCGUCAUGGAACCUCCGCCGCUCCCCACACCAUCUUCAACUACGGCUGCACCAGCAGCUGCUGCUGCUGAAGGAACUGCUUCGUCGAAGGGAGCAACAGCAGCCGAGAAUAAUGCAUCUACGCCAGGCCCCAAGCCGGCUUUUGCCCUUCCAUAUCGGAUGGUCAAUCUGCACUGUGCAACCUUUACCGACCUUGCUUGGUCAACUGAUGGACUCACCCUCAUCAUCUCGUCAUCAGAUGGAUUCUGUUCCACGUUAACCUUUGCCGCCGGUGAGCUUGGCGAGGUUUACAAGGGCGAGGUUGGUGCAAAGGCAGUUUCAUCAAACCAGAAUGCAUCCACAUCGACUCCCACGUCCAGCUUUGCCUCCCCAUCGCCGUUCCCCAGCGGACCACAGCAUCAAUCUCGCAACUCGGCGAGCUCUUUCACGGCACCUUCUCCUCCAUCCACCUCGGCAGGUCCAUCUCAUCGCCCGUCGUCACCCACAAGAUCAAAUUCUACGUCUUCUGUGGCCACCCAGCCUUCUGUAGUCGUGAGCAAUCCGCCCCUCAUUAGUGGUAAUGUGCCAUCGAUCACGGCCACCAAUUCCGGCAGGGUGACGGGCGUGCCGUUGACAACGCCUCCGGAAACACCCAAGGUGGUGGCUCCCCCAGCGAGCGCGGGCGUAAAGAGAGACGCCGAUGAGGCGGAGAAGGAGGAGGGGAAGGAGCCUAAGAAGAGAAGAAUCGCUCCAACUCUCGUCACGAAUCCAACAUGA